AUGGCUGCGAAGCGGCUGCGGAGCGCGCUCGGCGAGUGGCGGCUGCCGGACGUGGAUACAGUAUGGGUGGACGCAGUGUGGGAUCUGGAUUUCAUGGACACCGAGCCUCUGGAUGCCCGGAUAGCAGAGGAGAUCCCAGCCAAUGGGCUCAGCACCUUCACCUGCCUGUACCAAGCUCUGGAGCCCUUUGCUGCUGGGGACCAGGACAGCAGAGAGAAUGUCUGGACCUUGUUUGCUGAGAACAACCUGUCCCACCAGGCCCUGGUGGCUGUGCUGCAUCACUUUGUGCACGUGGGCCAGCAAAAAAGAGCGAGUGCACAGCAGAGGGUGUUUGGUGUGCACUCAGCUGGGCUGUACCUGCUGCUGCUGGAGAUCCCAGGCAGCAUAGCCAACCAGCUGUUCCACCAGGUGAUGUUUGACAAGUGUCUUUACACCAUGACAAAGUGCUUGCCUCGAGAGCUGAGGAAGAGGAAGAAGGCCCAUGCUCAAAGCUCUCAGCCCAGUGCCAGAAGGACCAGAAAGAAAGGGAAAUCCUGCAGGAAUGACAAGUCCAGUAUGGAAGAGAUUUUGGAAGAGGAGGAGGAAGAGGAUGGUGAGGAUGUUUACCUGUCAAAAGAAGAUCUUCUCCAAAUCCGCAACGCCGUCUUCCUUCUUUUGAAAAACUUCCUAAGGCUUCUGCCCAAGUUCUCCCUAAAAGAAAAGCCUCAGUGCAUGCAGAGCUGCCUGCAGGUCUUUGUGGAGAUGACCAGCGUUGAGCCAGUGGUCCACGAGUUCAAGUUUUCAGCAGCAAUGGAUGUCAACAAAGCCAAGUCCAUUCCUGAGCUGGCCUACUAUGGACUUUACUUACUGUGUUCCCCUCUCCAUGGCACAGAAGAUAAGACCCUUCGGUGUAUGUUCCAGCAGCUCCUCAGCGUCGUUCUGAUGGUGCAGAGCACUGGGGGCUCCAGGCACGAGGCCCUUCCCAUCACAUCAGCUGUGACCAGUGCCAGGGACCAGGCUGUGCAAUUCAUCAGUUCUCUGGUAGAUGAGCUGAAAGAAGCUGUUUAUCCUGUCCUGAGAAUAUUGCUCCAACAUAUCUGUGCCAAGGUGCCAGACAAGGCUGAGUAUCGCAGCUCUGCUGCCCAGGCCCUGGUGACCCUGCUGGACAAAUUCCCCUGUGCAGAGUUCGCUGACUUCAUCGCCUGGCUUUAUAAAUUCUCACUCAACCUACAAGUUUCCUACAGAGUGUUUGCUCUUGAUGUAGCCUUGGCUUUGUUGGAGCUACCAGAGAGGAGCCCAGACACCUCCUUGUCCCAGGACCGUCAGAAGUUCCUAAAGCACAAGUUUUUAGUGCAGGUCAUGGUGUUUGGCCGCUGCUCAGACGUAGCUCCCGUGGUUCGGACCAAAGCUCUCAGCAGCUUUGUCCAUUGUCUGGAAAUGAAAGCUGCUGCUACCUUGGAGAGCAUUCAGGACUUACUACAGAGCUCCUCUGUCCGCACGGUGUUGGAAGCAAACACAAACACUGUGAGCACGACAGGCACUGCAGAAGCUGUGUCCAACCAACCACUGAAGACCUUCCAAACUGUCGAGCUGACAGACAGCAGUGACACUGCUGGGCCUGAUGGAGAAGAAGUCAUGGCCAUGCUAAGAGUGAGAGCUGGAGAUCAGAAAACCAGCGUGAGGAAAUCUGCUCUGCAGGUGUUUGAGAGCAUCCUGAAGCUGGGGCUGAUGGCGUGCACGGAGCAGGACGUGGGCGUGCUGCGGGAUCGCUGCCGGGACCCUGCGGUGUCGGUGCAGAAACAGGCGCUGCACUCCAUCACUGAGCUGCUCCUGUCUCAGCAGAGCAAUGUGCUGGUGCAGAAGGCCUGGUUGAACGGAGUGGUGCCCGUGGUGAUGGAUGCAGAGAGCUCUGUCCAAGAAAAGGCCCUGGAUUGCCUUGAUCAGCUCUUGCUGCAGCACAUAAAAUGUUACAAUAAAUCCAGGGGUGAGGAUGGGAGGCAGAAGCUGGCAUGGGAUCUGCUCUCCCUGUUGUCUUCAGAGUGCCAGGAGCUGAGCCGUUACCUGAGUAAAGCCUUCCUUGUGCUGUCCAAGCAGAACAAGUUCACCUCCACUUUUAUCAGAAAUGUCAUGUCUCAUGUGGAGACAGAGCAUUCCAGUGCAGCUUGGAUGCUGCUUGCCAAGGUGGCUCGUUCUGCCCCCAAGCUGGAUUUUUCCAAGAUCAUUGAAUCCUGGGACAGUGUCAGCAGGCAGCAGGACACGAGCAGUGGCACCGUGGGACACAUCCUGUGUGUCAUCGGGCACGUGGCAAAGCACCUCCCCAAGAGCACCUGUGAGAGGCUGAAGGAGAGCAUCAGGAGCUGGCUGAAGGAGUUCCAGUGUCCCCUGGAUGUGAUCAGCCCAGCUGUGGAGGCUCUGCAGAGGCUCUGCCACGCCUCUGUGCCUGGACCAAAGAACACACAGGAGCUCCUCAACCAGCAAAACCAGGUGUUUGGAGUUUUGGUAUCCACCUGUGAGAGCUACAUCUCCAAUAUAGUCCUCAAAGAGCAUGGAGCAGAGCAGCUGCAGGAAGAUCUCUUGGUGAGACACCUCUUCCUGCUGGGUGAGGCUGCCCAGAUGUGCCCAGGCAUGGUGGAUGAAAACAUCUUCCUUCUGGUUCAGUCCAUCCUGGCCUCUUCUGGCAGCAAGGACCAAUCCUCUGUUUCUACAGACAGUGAGGAAAUCCCCAGUUUCCAGCUGCUGUCCCAGUUCAGAGCCCCAGCCAUGCCUACCGUGGUCAGGGCUCAUGCUCUCAUCACUUUAGGGAAGCUGUGCCUGCAGCACGAGGAGCUGGCCAGGAGCUGCAUCGCCGCGGUGGUGCGGGAGAUGGAGGAGUCUCCGGACAUGCCCCUGCGCAACAACGCGGUGAUCGUGCUGCGGGACCUGUGCGUGCGCUACACCUCGCUGGGGGAGCCCUACGUGCCCAACAUGUCCCUGUGCCUGCGGGACCCGCACCCCUUCAUCCGCAAGCAGACCCUGGUCAUGCUCACCAACCUCCUGCAGGAGGAGUAUGUGAAAUGGAAGGGAUGUCUCUUCUUUCGGUUCGUCAGCGUCUUGGUGGAUCCCGACCCAGAGAUUGCCAGGUUUGCAGAGUACUGUGUGGUGCAUGUCUUGCUGAAGAGGAACCCUGCAAUGUUCUCCCAGCACUUCAUCGAGUGCAUCUUCCAUUUCAACAGCUACGAGAAGCAUCAGAAGUACAACAGGUUCCCCCAGAGCCUGCGGGCGAAGCAGCUCUUCUCUCUGAAGGGGAAGGAUAAGAAGGAGAAGAGGAUGAGGAUCUACACCUUCCUGCUGGAGCAUUUCACAAAUCAGCAGAGGUUCAACAUCACCACUGGGAUCAGCCACAACAUCCUAGCUUGCUUUGUGGAUGAGAUCCUUCCUUUGGACCUGGAAGGCAGUGAGCUGCUCUCAGAUGCAUUUGCAGUCCUCAGCUGCAAAGAAAUCAAGCUCACAGGUAUGAGGUCCAGGGCAGAGGAAGACAAUCAGCCUGAUGAAAAUGAGCUGUCCAUGAAAAACUUAAUCUCGCAGGUUCAGAAGAAGUAUUUCAUCGAACACAUCAUCCCAAUAAUCACAUCACUCAAGUCCAUGAUGGAGCAGAAGAGGCUCCCAGCUGUCAAGGACCUGAUGAACUGCCUGAGGGAAAUGAUGCAAGAUUACCGAAACGAAAUCAAAGACGUGUUUGCUGCGGACAAGCAGCUGGCAGCCGAGCUGGAGUAUGACAUGAGGAAAUAUGAAGAGCAGCUGGCCAGGGAGAAGGAGUCAGAGCAAGAGCAGCUCUCAGCAGCCCACGAGGAGGUGCAACCUCCAUCUCUGGAGAGAGCUGCAACUCCUGGUGGCCAAAAUAACAACAAUGCAGUGCCCACACCUGGGUGCAUCACUGCCUCUAGCCCUUCUGCUGCUGAUGCCCUGAGGCAGCCAGCAGAGCAUCGCAGGGCAGCAUCCCUGACCACGCUGGCCAUCCUGAACUCUGCCAAGAAGGCUCUGGAAGGCAUGAGCAAGCGCGGCACCAAGAGUGUGGGGGGUUCAGCUUCCUUUGAGGCACCGAGCUCAGCUGGCAGCCAGCAAGUGUCCUUCCAAAGCUUGAACCGGCAGUCCAGUGGGGAAAACGUGGCUGUGGCAGGACGAGCAAUCAGCACCCCAGAGCAGACCAUUAAUAACUUGACUUUUAGUGCUGGGGUCAGUUACAUCAGCAUGAGACACACACCCGACUCAGCUCCAGUGGAGGAAGAUGCUGAGGACAAGCCAAGGGAUAUCAUCUGUUUGACACUGCCAGAGAUGCCCCCACCCCCUCCUCGGGAGUGGAAUGUGGAAUCCCCAGCCAGGAGGAGCAGCCAGAGAGUGUCACAGCGAAGGGCAAAGCACAGAACCCCCCUGCAGGCAGCCAACUGAGCUUGGGGAGCUGCACAGAACCCCCCAAAAACAGCCAAGAGCCUGGAGAGCUGCACAGAACCCCCCUGAAGGCAGCCAACUGAGCUUGGAGAGCUGCACAGAACCCCCAAAAACAGCCAAGUGAGCAUGGAGAGCUGCACAGAACCCCCAGAAACAGCCAAGUGAGCAUGGAGAGCUGCACAGAACCACC